GUUUGAGGUUCUUCAACCAACUAACAAUUCCAUGGCCACCUCAAAUGCCACCAUGUUUGUGGGAAGAAACUGCCAUUUUUCUGCAACUUGGAUACAUAAUGCUCCACAUCCUGAAAAACAUCCUGCCCUUACAGCAGAAAGCUUCAGAAAUGGCAACAACAGUGACAGCAAAGAACCUCAAACUUAAACUGGGACUCCCCUACAAAUGCGGCAUUGUCUGCUCCGCUCUGUCACUAGCCACUCAUCUACUGCUCUUAUCAGUUCCAGAGAUCAACGGGUUCAAAUCUCGCUGCGACCGUGAAUUCUUAGUACUCUCGUCUGAGGUUUUGCAAGUAAUAUCAUGGGCAGUCACUUUGCUUGUGUUAUAUAGAACCAGAAGAGAUGUGAAGUUACCGUUGAUCUUAAGAGUCUGGUGGAUUUCCGUAUUCUUGCUGUCUCUGGCACGUGCGGUUGUGAUACAUGACUGUGCCGGAAUUGUUGUCUUUAUAACAUCCGCCUGCUUAUUCGGUGUUUCAAUUCGUGGGAAGACGAACAACAUUCUUGAGAGUUCAAAUGUCAUCACAGAACCUCUGCUUGAAGAAAAAGGUUGUUCGGAUGGUGGAACAGACAGUCUGUACAGUAAAGCAACUCUUCUUCAGUUAGUCACAUUCUCGUGGCUCAAUCCACUCUUUGAAGAGGGGAAAAGGAAACCACUUGACAGUGAUGAAGUACCCAACGUUGACCGAAUGGAUUCAGCCAGUUUUUUGUCGGGGGAAUUUGACGAAAGCCUGAGAUAUGUAAAGGAAAGGGACGGAACGACAAACCCGUCCAUCUAUAAGGCUAUUUAUGUCUUCUCAAGGAAAAAGGCAGCGAUCAACGCUUUGUUUGCUGUUAUUAGUGCAUCGACAUCGUAUGUGGGCCCAUAUCUCAUCAACGACUUCGUGAGCUUCCUCAGCGAGAAGAAGCUCAGAGGCUUACAAAGUGGAUACCUUCUGACAUUGGGGUUUCUUGGAGCUAAAGUAGUUGAGACUGUGGCUCAAAGGCAGUGGAUAUUCGGGGCUCGCCACCUUGGCCUUCGGUUAAGGGGAGCACUAAUAUCCCACAUUUACCAAAAGGGUAUAGUUCUGUCAAGCCAGUCGCGCCAACGCCACUCCAGCGGAGAGAUCAUCAAUCUAAUGAGUGUUGAUGUUCAGAGAAUCACAGAUUUCGUAUGGUACCUUAACACAAUCUGGAUGCUUCCCAUUCAAAUAACCUUAGCAAUAUACAUCCUGCAUAUGAAUCUUGGGAUGGGCUCGUUUGUGGCAUUAGCUGUAACCAUUAUAGUGAUGACUCUAAACGUACCGCUGACUAAGAUUCAGAAAGGGUACCAAACAAAAAUCAUGGAAUCUAAGGAUGAAAGGAUGAAAUCCACCUCUGAAGUUCUCCGGAACAUGAAAACCAUCAAGCUUCAGGGAUGGGAUGCUUUCUAUCUUCAAAAGCUUGAGAGGUUAAGAAACAUUGAGCAUAACUGGCUCUGGAAAUCACUGAAAUUAUCAGCAUUCACAGCUUUUGUCUUUUGGGGAUCUCCGACGUUCAUUUCAGUUUCGACUUUCAUUGGAUGUGUUGCAAUGGGGAUUCCACUCACAGCUGGGAGAGUGUUAUCUGCACUUGCUACGUUCCGGAUGCUUCAAGAUCCUAUUUUUAGUUUGCCUGAUUUGCUCUCUGCGAUUGCACAGGGGAGAGUAUCCGCCGAUAGAAUUGCUUCUUACCUGCAAGAAGAAGAGAUUCAACACGACACGGUAGAGUUUGUCCAGAAACACGAAACUGAAUUCGGGAUUUUGAUCAAUGAUGGAACUUUUAGCUGGAAUGCAGCAGAAUCAAGAAUCCCAACACUUGACCGAAUAGAGUUAGCAGUGAAAAGGGGGACGAAGGUGGCAGUUUGUGGGACCGUUGGAUCAGGAAAAUCGAGUCUGCUUUCCUGCAUUAUUGGAGAAAUGGUGAAGUUAUCAGGGGCAGUCAAGAUUAGUGGUACAAUGGCCUAUGUUCCUCAGUCUCCUUGGAUACUAUCAGGAAAUAUCAGGGAAAAUAUUCUUUUCGGAAAAUCCUAUGAAAGUGACAAGUAUGAGCAAACUGUUGAGGCAUGUGCCCUCAAGAAAGACUUUGAACUAUUUUCUGCCGGUGAUCUAACGGAAAUUGGAGAAAGGGGGAUAAAUAUGAGUGGGGGGCAGAAACAGCGGAUACAAAUUGCCCGUGCUGUUUACCAGGAUGCUGACAUAUAUCUGCUUGACGACCCAUUCAGCGCUGUGGAUGCCCAUACAGGCUCACAUAUCUUCAAGGAAUGUUUGAUGGGGCUCCUCAACAACAAGACCAUACUUUAUGUCACCCACCAAGUUGAAUUUCUUCCUACUGCUGAUCUCAUUCUGGUAAUGGAAAAUGGUAGAAUAACACAGGCUGGCACAUUUGAAGACCUUCUAAAGCAAAACAUUGGAUUUGAAGUUCUAGUUGGAGCUCACAACCAAGCUCUAGAGUCAAUCUUAAUGGUGGAGAACUCGAGCAGACCAUCGGAAAAUAUGGUCACAAACAGUGAUUUUGACAUUGACAGUAAUGUAGAUUCAGAGUUUCCAUACAUUAAGCAAGAUUCAGAACAUAACCUCAGCAUUGAAAUAACAGAGAAAGAUGGAAAACUUGUGCAAGAAGAAGAAAGAGAAAAAGGAAGCAUUGGGAAAGAAGUUUAUUUGGCUUACUUGACUCUUGUAAAACGUGGCGCUUUUGUUCCCAUAAUCAUCCUAGCUCAUAUAUCUUUCCAAGUUCUACAGGUCGCUAGCAACUAUUGGAUGGCGUGGGCGUGUCCUAGAGGCGAUGAAGAACCAUUGGCCUCAAAGAUGAAGUUCAUAUUAGACAUAUAUGUACUUCUUUCAGUGGGAAGUGCUCUUUGUGUGCUACUCCGAGCAUCAUUAUUGUAUACGGCGGGGCUUCAGACUGCAGAAACACUGUUCAUAAACAUGCUGCACAGCAUUUUUCGUGCACCUAUGGCAUUCUUUGAUUCUACUCCCACUGGAAGAAUUUUGAAUCGGGCAUCUACAGACCAAAGUGUACUUGAUUUGGAGAUUGCCGCCAGGUUAGGGUGGUGCGCUUUCUCGGCAAUUCAGCUUCUUAGCACAGUUGUAGUCAUGUCACAGGCUGCAUGGGAAGUGUUUGUCAUCUUCAUCCCUGUGACAGCAAUCUGUGUCUGGUAUCAGCAAUACUACAUACCGACUGCAAGGGAAUUGGGUCGUUUAGCAGGAAUAGAAAGAGCUCCAAUUCUCCACCACUUUGCAGAAUCACUCUCAGGAACAGCGACGAUUCGUGCAUUCGGCCAAAAAAACCGCUUUGUUCAUGCUAACCUUGGUCUCAUCGACAACCAUUCAAGGCCAUGGUUUCACAACGUGUCAGCCAUGGAAUGGCUUACUUUCAGACUGAAUCAGCUUUCUAAUUUUGUCUUUGCUUUCCUUCUGGUUUUGCUCGUUACACUUCCUGAAGGAUUCAUAGACCCAAGCAUUGCAGGACUGGCAGUCACAUAUGGCAUAAACUUGAAUGUGUUGCAAUCUACAGUUAUAUGGAACAUUUGCAAUGCAGAAAAUAAAAUGAUAUCCGUAGAAAGGAUCCUACAGUACUCAAAUCUAGCCAGUGAGGCGCCGAUGAUAAUUGAAGACUGCAGACCUCCAGACCGCUGGCCAGAAACCGGGUCGAUUUUAUUCAAAAAUUUGCAGGUACGCUACGCCGAGCAUCUCCCUUCUGUGUUGAAGCACAUUACCUGCAACUUUCCAGGGAGAAAGAAAAUCGGUGUCGUUGGAAGGACUGGAAGUGGAAAAUCAACCCUGAUUCAGGCCAUUUUUAGGAUUGUUGAGCCCAGAGAGGGAAGCAUUAUCAUUGAUGAUGUGGAUAUAUGCAAGAUAGGCCUUCAUGACUUGAGAUCAAGACUUAGCAUUAUUCCCCAAGAUCCGACGCUUUUUGAGGGAACUGCUCUGGACAAAUGUCAACUAGGUGAUAUCAUCCGAGCGAAGACAGAAAAGCUGGAAUCUACAGUGGUUGAAAAUGGAGAGAAUUGGAGCGUGGGACAAAGGCAACUUCUCUGUCUUGGGAGAGCCUUGUUGAAGAAGAGCAGCAUCUUAGUUCUGGAUGAAGCAACGGCUUCGGUUGAUGCUGCAACCGAUGCCUUGAUUCAGAAAAUUAUCAGUCAAGAGUUCAGAGAUCAGACCGUGAUCACUAUAGCCCACAGGAUCCACACGGUCAUCGAUAGUGACCUUGUCCUGGUCCUAAGUGAAGGUAGAGUAGCAGAGUUUGACUCACCAGCAAAGCUAUUGGGGAGGGAAGACUCUUUCUUCUCAAAGCUGGUAAAGAAGUACUCCAUAAGUUCAAAAAGUUUAACAGCUUAGCCAUGUUUGAAAGAUUGAUUCCAGUUUUGGAGUUUGCAUCAUACUUUGUUCAUUCUACACACUUUUGUCUCUACUUUCUGUGAGACUUUGUUGGGUUUUUUGUUGCAUAAAAUGUACCUAUAAAUGACACUACUCAUGGAAUACAAAAUGGUUAAACCU